UGUUCUCCCCACAGUGUGAGCGCGACAGUAAAGCAUCUGCACAAGGCGGGGCCAGGAUGGGGACGCCUGGAAAAGCCAAAACCCAGGCCGGGAUUGCUCAGGACAGAUGAAAGGGCCUCUCGGGCAUUCCAAGGGUUGUCGUUAAGCGGCAGCUUUUUCGUUAAGGCUGAGAAACCGCUGGGGGUUCCCUCUGCCAAUGGCUGUGGCCUCUGGCUCUGACGCCACAAAGAGCCCUUGUGACGGCACCGGCACCGCCUGCAUCAGGCCCGCCCGGACUGCGCCUGUGUCCUCAGGAGCCGGGAAGCUCUGGACAGCGACCUGUGCACUCCGGACGACGAGAGAGACAGUGAGAGCGUGUUUUGGGGCCCAUCAGAACAUGGAGGUGACCGGCUCGCUCCAAAUGGAGCAGCACACCAAGAGUGAGCUGGCCACGAAACUCGGCCAGCUGCAGGAGAAGCUGACAGAGCUAAAGGAGCUGGUGGAGGAGAAAUAUCAAGAGGCUCAGGAGCUGCAGCAGCAGCAGGACCACUACCUUAGUCACCUUCAGCAGUACAUGGCCGCCUACCAGCAGCUCGUGGCCGCCUACCAGCAGCUGGCCAACGAGAAGGACGUCCUGCAGAAGCCAGUGCUGCUUAACACCCAGCUUGGCAACUGGAUGCAGCACGAAGAAGAGCAGGGCAAGAUGGAGGUCGAGUUGGCCCGCCAAGAGCUGCUGGAAACACAGGUGGGGCAGUUGGAGUGCCAGACACCCUGUGGCCGCCCGAGCAGGAAGACCUGCGAGCAGCAUCCCUUCUCACUCUUUCCUGCCGGCCCCACUGAACCUCCUGGCUCGGACUGGAGAAAUAAAUGGACUGAGCAGUGAGGAGGAAGAGGAGAACAAGGGUCCCCUGCCAAAGCUAAGCAUCCCUGACGACCUAGACAGCCGUGAGGCCAUGGGGGGGAGAGUGUGCCUGGGGAGACCCACCAGGCCCUUCAGGGAGCCAUGGAGAAACUGCAGGUGAGUGUGUGUAAGGCAGGAAGGAAUGGCCACAGGGCAGGUUUUCUGAUCCAGCAGACCAGGUACAGGAGAAGUGAGUCCUGGAAGCCCCAGUGACUUUUGCAGGCUUUUAUUGGGAUUUACCGGGUACAUGGCAGGCAGGGGUGCUGGGGGCGGUCAGAGGGCAGACAGGCCUCC